AUUCCACUGCCAGGCCAAUUUCAAUCAGAGUCAAGUUUUUUAAGCAAAAAUGACGCACAAUUUAUCAGCAAAAAAAGAGAAAAGAAUAACAACUGCAACAGCAACAACAACAGCAAGAAUAAAUUCCAGCUACAAAAUGUUCUCCCGCCAGUGCCUUUCCAGCUCCCCUCGAUCUAGCAACCCCCGCUCAUCAUCCACAACAUCAGCUUUGAUAAGAAACCACCGUCGAGUUCGGCACUUGGCCAGACCGACAACAAACUUGAACAACUGGAACUGGAACCUUCGCCUCUUGGCAUUGAUCACUGCCAGCGGCUGUUUAAUGCUCAGUACGCCAGCGAUUGCUGCUUUCGAUAUUGCUACGUGCAAUGUGCCCCUGGGCAUGGAAUCUGGCACAAUUACAGAUGCUCAAAUCACAGCUAGCUCAGCCCAUGACACGGGAUUUGUUGGGCCACAACACGCAAGACUGAAAACCGAUAAUAAUGGCGGUGCGUGGUGCCCCAAGCACAUGGUGUCCAAUGCUUUGAAGGAGUACCUGCAGGUGGAUUUGCUGCAGACGCAUGUGAUAACCGCCAUACGCACCCAGGGUCGCUUCGGCAAGGGUCAGGGUCAGGAGUACACCGAGGCCUAUGUGCUUGAAUAUUGGCGACCGGGCUUCGACAAAUGGCAGCGCUGGAAGAACAUUCAGGGCAAGGAGAUACUGCCCGGCAACAUCAACACAUACAGCGAGGUGGAGAACGCCAUGCAACCGAUUAUAUUUGCCUCAAAGAUACGCAUUUAUCCAUAUGGUCAAUACGAUCGCACCGUCUGCCUGCGCGCCGAGAUUGUUGGCUGCCCCUGGGAAGAGGGCAUUGUUUCGUAUAGCAUACCGAAGGGAGUGCAGCGCGGCAUGGAAGUGGACUUAUCGGACAAGACAUAUGAUGGCAAUGAGCAGGGCGAUCGCUAUGUGGAUGGUUUGGGUCAAUUGGUCGACGGCCAGAAGGGCAAGGACAAUUUCCGCACGGAUAUUCACGGAUUUGGCAAAGGCUACGAAUGGAUUGGAUGGAGAAAUGAUACGCCCGGUCUGUUGAGCAAACCCGUUGAAAUUGUUUUCGAAUUCGAUACGGUUCGCAACUUCAGUGCCAUCGUUUUGCAUACAAACAACAUGUAUACCAAGGAUGUGCAGGUUUUCGUUCAUGCCAAAGUGUUCUUUAGCAUUGGCGGACGCUACUUCUCUGGGGAGCCCGUGCAGUUCUCGUAUAUGCCCGAUACAAUAAUGGAUCAUGCUCGAGAUGUUACGAUUAAGCUGCAUCAUCGUGUGGGCAAAUAUCUGAAAAUCAAUUUGUACUUUGCCGUCAAAUGGAUUAUGCUAUCUGAGAUCAGUUUUAUAUCCGUGCCGGCGAUGGGAAAUUUCACAGACGAACAGGAGCAGCGAAAUAAUGCGCCAGGCAUCGCGCAGGAUACACGGGAAUAUCCUUUGCAGAGCAACGACUAUCAGCACAAUCAUAAUAAAAACAAAAUGAAUGGCGGCAUAGCUGGCGGCGCUGGUGGUGGUGGUGCCAGCAACGGUGGCGCCACUGAUGCCACCGGCAACAACAACAAUUUCAACAACGGACCUCAGUUAAUUGCUCCACGGCCCAUCGAUCAGGAGCCGAGCGAGGCGAAUUUCAUUGGCGUUGUCAUUGUUGUUCUAACAACGAUAAUUAUUCUACUGGUGGCCAUCAUCCUUUUCAUCGUGUCACGCACGAAGCGAGCACGCGGCAGCAACGUUCUCGAUGCAUUCCAAUACAGCUUCAAUCCCAACACUCUGGGCGGCAAUGUCGACAAGCAUCGUCCCAAUGGCAAUAGCAUUAAGGCCAGUGUCGACGACAGCGAUUCCAUUGGCAAGAACAGCCUUUACCACGAGCCCUUCAAUGUGAACAUGUACACGAGCGGCGUGAACGGCUACGCAGCGGUUAAUGAUUUACAAUGUAAUAUGACGCCAGACUAUACAGAUGUGCCAGAAGGUGGCUAUGCGGUUCCCCAUAUGCAGGACUACAUGCCGGCAACGAAAAUGGCCAACGCAGUCGGUGGUUAUGUGAAUGUGCGACGCACGCCGCCGCCACCGUUGAGCAGCAUAUUCCCCAGACCGCCCACAGUGCCACCGCCACCCAUGGAGAAAUACUAUGCGACCACGGCCAUAUUUAAGCCCAUCAAGGGAGGAGGCGGCGGCAGCUCGACGAGCGGCGGUGGCAGCAACACCAACACGGUGAGCAGCGGCGGCGGCAAGAGCAGCCACAGCAAUCAGGAUCAACUAAAUGGCAUCUACGACGAUGGCAUGGGCACCAUGAACACCCAAUCGACGGCACCAAUGAUCAAUCCAUAUACCAGUGGCAAUAGUGCUGCUGCUGCUGCAGCGGCAGCUGAUUUUCAGCGUGCCAGAACUUAUAAUUUCCGCAGCUAUCCCGAUAAUCUCUAGUUCGAAGCCUCGCUCAAGUUGGCAGCAGCAGCGGACGCUGGCGGCGAUCUGCCCCUUGGCAAACGCAGCAGCGGCAGCAGCGCAGCCUCCACAACGAUGCCGAAGAAGCCGCAGCAUCUUAGCAUCGCGGGCGCCAGCAGUGGCAACACCAAACCAAAAUAUAGCUUGACGCUGCACAACAACAAAUAUGCCACGAACAACGGCAAGCAGCAUGCCACAACGGUGCGCGACAAUCAUCAUCAUCAGCAGCAGCAGCAGCAGCAGCAGCGGCAGCAUCUCAAGGCGUUGCGGCUAACACGCGACGUGGCCAAUACGGAUACAGGCGCCAUUGACUAUAAGCGACCGGUGCUGACGGGUCUCUCGCCCGCCGACGAUGUGGGCGUUCAUCUGAGUUGCAGAAGUGCGGCUCUCAAGUCUGCUGCGGCUGUCAACAGUGAAGCUUCGACUAGUGUGACGACAACAAAUGCAACUAAAUUGACGAUCGAAAAUGGAAAUGUUAACGCAACGGCAAAUGCAAAUCCGUUGGCGAAUAGUGUUAUGAGAACACAAAACAAUAGGCUGUGGUAUCAUUGAUGAAAACCCCAUAUUAAAUGGAUUUGAGCUCUAAAACUCUACUCGGACAUACAUGAACUAGAAAAUAGAAAAUCAAAUGCAAAUAUUAAGUACUCGUAAUCGUACGUAAUCGUAAAAUUGUGUUAGUACCCGCCCCUCCCUUAUAUGGAGAGCACAACGCGUCGAACAAUUAAACCCACUGAGCAAAUGGAAAAGUUAAUUUAGCAAAGUCGAAUAUCUAAGCAAAAUGUAGCGUCGAAUAUAUGCCAACGAAAUGAUAAUGAUACAACUUAUAGAAUACAAUCUGUAAAUACAUAUAUAUGAAUACCUAGUAUAUUGCACGGUGUGCAAAACGUAGUGAAAAAUGCAUAUGAUAGUAAACCGAGCUGAAUUUUUAAGAAAAUUUCAAAACAAAGCAAAACGCAUACAAAAUGGCACUAGUUUCUCAUAGAUCAAAUGCAAUCGAACAGAACAUAAAGAAAAUAUAAGAAAAAUAAAAAUGAAAAUGAAAAUGAAAAAAAAAAAACAAAAAACGAAUUUAAGGUCUAGCAUUUAGCGACACUUAUUGUUUAUAAAACGAAACAAACAGAAAAGAAGGAAGAAAUACUAUUAAAUGAAGAGAUAAAGUAACUAGCAUAUAAUAAAGUUCAACUGAUUUUUAGUACCUUUCCGAA